AUGGAUAUCUUACGGCACAUUAUCCUCUCGGGAGACCAUGCAAAGGCCUUGGCACCAGCCCUGAGAUAUGAGAGAUCUUCUGUUGACUUCUCUUUGGAACUGAAGGCCUUAUUUUACCGCCAGCCUAGUGCAAGCCCAGAGUUCUGGGUGCUGAGUCUGGGGUGGGGUGCAAGGGAGUCUUCUACAGUUUUGUCCUCCCUCCAUCUGGAGCCUCUGCUCCUCUCUUCCCGUCACGUUCUUGACAACCCAAACAGCUCACUCCCCUUCCAGGCUCACAGGCAGCGCAGGCAGGCAGGUUCUGUCUGGGUGCCAAAGUCAGCAAAGCAGUGCUCUACUGUUCCUCACCAAAGAGAAUCCUCCUGGCUGUCACCCACGCCUCUCCUGAUUUCUCUGCGAGCCCUGAACCGCCCCGGCCAGGACCUCUGCUGGCGACUGCACGUGCCAAGGCGGAAGGCUUCUUACCUGGUCCACGUGAGUCGCCCAGGAAGUGAAGAAUUCAGCUGCUUCGAGAGCCGGCUGCUCCGGUGUGAUGAGAGCUGUAAGAGGGCAUCUGGCUGGCCUUGGAGGGACACUGGCAUAGGCUGUUCCUGUCCCUAUACCCCAGGUUUCUCGAGGCCUUCUGUUUACAGGCUCCAGCUCACCUCUGCCAGACACAUUUUCCACAUUCCCCUUCCCCAAAAGCAGCUUCGCUUCUUCCCUUCCCCACGAAGGAAGGCCCUGCGGCGCCCAGGGCCGUGGUGUCCAGAGCCUCCUGGGGUCCACCUGCACUCCGAGGUCAGCCUGGGGCUGGCUGGCAGCCCCACCCCCACCCCACCCCCAUUCAGCUGGAGGUGGACAGAGGAGGUCAGAUCUCCUCCCAGAUCUGCUCGGGGGUUCCCCUCCGAGCACCUAGGGUUGGGGAACCCCCAUAAGAGUCCCACUUCCAGUGCCUAG